CCAAAAUGCAAAUCUUCUUCAGCUCAUCAAUCUCCAGAGACUAAAUUAUAUAACAUCUAGCAGUACUUCUUCUUGUGGCCUCAUCAGACACAGGCACCUGGAAACAUGGCCGCCUGUAAUCAACUUCUGGCCUCGUCUACAAGAUUUUUGCUGAAUGUCAAACCGUUUCAGCGAAGGAAAAAACUCUCUACUUUCAAUUCAAUACUACCCAAUUACACUAGGAAACCCCUGGAGUACUCCAGCAAGGCAAUCCUUGGGCAUGCAGAAACUUGCUCUGCUGAAGAAAAUUUGGCGAAAGCUGAGAAAGACGAACCAUCAAGGACGAUUAGCCUGUCAGCUAUUGUGACACUGAAAUAUGCUAAUCCAACGGAUCUAAAGGACGUGAUUUUCCAAUUGAUGAAUGCUUCCUCCACGACUAAUGGCCGCGGUGUCGUGCUUCAGCUUGUUAGCUCUGAGCUCGAUCCUCAUACAAGAGAGCCAAAGCUCAGCAGAGAAGCUGUAUUAAACAUGUCAAACUCAAAUGGCCCAAGCAGUGGUUCUUCCCACCAUCAAACUUUCAGAAUUCAAUUUACAGUUGACCACAACUUCGGCGUGCCGGGGGCCAUUAUGGUUUACAACAAGUACGAGAAAGAAUUCUUCUUGAUGAGCAUCUCCGUUGAAGGGUUUGUCAAUUUCGACUGCAAGUCUUGGAUUCAACCAGAAAAGGUGAAUUCCAGGCCCAGGGUGUUCUUCUCUAACAAGGCGUAUCUGCCGUUCCAGACGCCGGCGGGGUUGAAGAAACUACGGGAGAGGGAACUUCAGGAACUGAGAGGUGAUGGGACGGGGACUAGAUUGGCGUCUGAUAGGAUAUACGACUACGAUGUGUAUAAUGAUCUUGGAGAUCCAGAUAAAGGGAUCGAACGUGUAAGACCUACCCUAGGAGGCCAACAAAAUCCUCAUCCUAGACGCUGCCGGACUGGCCGUCCUCCGACCAUUGUUGACGCCAAUGCGGAAAUCCCAGCAAGUUGUUCGAAACCUGUAUAUGUGCCCAGAGAUGAAGAAUUUGAGGAAUCAAAGAACAGAUAUGUAUCUACAGGAAAGCUUAAGGCAGUAUUUGGUUACCUGAUGUUUUCUUUAGUUCCCAACCUCUACUCCGACGUUACCAAUCUCAAAAUCAAAUUACCCCAUUACCAAAACAAUUCUCCACCUGGGGCAAAGGGAUUCUCGGAUCUGGGGGACGACGAAUUUGCUCUACGAGUUCUUGCAGGAAUAAAUCCCUUAAACAUAGAAAGGUUGACGAACUUCCCACCAAGGAGCAAACUCGAUCCGUCUAUCUACGGCCCCCUGGAAUCAGCUCUCAAAGAAGAACACAUCAUCAGCCAUCUAGAUGGAAUGUCAGUGCAACAGGCAAUGGACAAAAAGAAGCUAUUCCUAUUGGAUUACCAUGAUCUCUAUCUUCCCUUUCUCAAUCAGAUAAAUGCUCUUGAUGAUCGCAAAUCCUAUGCGACACGGACAUUGUUCUUCUUAACAAGCGCAGGUACUCUGAAACCCGUUGCGAUCGAGCUGAGCCUUCCAAAAGGGGAGCUAACAGUUUCAUCUAAGCAAGUUCUUACCCCUCCUAUUGAUGACACAAGUAACUGGCUAUGGCAACUCGCCAAGGCUCAUGUUUGCACCAAUGAUAGUGGAGUUCAUCAACUUGUAAAUCACUGGUUGCGGGUGCAUGCCUGCAUGGAACCAGUCAUAAUAGCUGCUCACCGUCAGUUAAGCAUAAUGCACCCCAUAUUCAAGCUUCUCAAACCUCAUUUGCGAUAUACAUUGAGGGUCAAUACAACUGCCCGUGAAACUCUCCUCAAUGCAAAUGGUACCAUUGAAUCCUUCUAUGCGCCAGGACAAUAUUGCAUGCAGCUUGCUUGUUCUGCCUACAGAGAUUUCUGGCGUUUCGAUCAGGAAGGCCUUCCAGCCGAUCUCAUAAGGAGAGGAAUAGCGGUACCUGACCCUAAGCACGAACACGGGUUGAGACUUCUUAUCGAGGACUACCCAUAUGCAAAUGAUGGCCUCCUCUACUGGUCAGCAAUUGACAAAUUGGUGAAGACUUAUGUGGAUCAUUACUAUCCAAAUGCAGUUCUGAUACAAGAUGACAAGGAGCUGCAAGCUUGGUACAGGGAGGUAAUUAAUGUAGGCCAUGCAGAUCAUCGCUUUGCUACUUGGUGGCCUAAUCUUGAAACUCCUGAUGAUCUCAUUAAAAUUCUUACGACUUUAAUAUGGGUUGCAUCUGGAGAACAUGCUGCAUUAAAUUUUGGACAAUAUGGUAGAUUUGACCCGAGCCAUCCCAAUUUGAUGCGAAAGCUGUUGCCACAAGAGAAUGAUCCCGAGUAUGCAAGUUUUCUUGAAAAUCCAAAAGAGUAUUUCCUAUCAUCUUUGCCCAGUUUGGACAACAGUGCUAAAUUUGCAUCUGUGCUAAGUGUGAUCUCUGCCCAUUCGAGUGAUGAAGAAUAUAUUGGGCAGAGGGAUGACUUAUUGAGCUGGUCAGGAGAACCAGAAAUCUUGGAGGCGUUUUACAGAUUCUUUGUGGACAUCAAAAUGCUAGAACGAGAGAUUGAGGAAAGAAAUUCCGAUUCCAAUUUGAGAAAUAGAUGUGCUGUUGGAAUACCCCCAUAUGAACUGCUGAUUCCUAGUUCAGGAAAUGGUGCUACUUCUAGAGGAGUGCCAAAUAGCAUAACAGUGUGAAUUUGGUUUAAAAACUUGUGGAUUUUCUCAUUUCAAAAUAUUGCUGUUUUCCCAAGUUCAAUGUAUUGGAAGAGAGUCAGAGACGGAGAUUGUAAUCAAA